CGUACAAAGGUCGUUGUAGAAAUCUCUCCAACCUCUGCUUUACAAAAAAACCUAACAGAGAAGCGUUUAAUUUACGGCAACUUGCGUUCGAAUGCAAAAUGUACAUACUGUAUUCAAUACUUGCAGGACUGGCCGUUGUGCCAUUUCUACUUUACAUUAGCAAUCCGUACUUUCUGCAAGAUUUACGCUAUUCAAUCAUUUGUUUACUGGUCGGAAUCCGAUUUGGAAAAUAUUCGAAGAGUAAACCGCUCUACAGCAUUGUGGACAAUUUUCUGGACAAAGUGAAAAAACAUCCAGACAAACCAUUCCUUGUAUUCGAAAAUACUUCGUAUACGUAUGAGGAUACCGACAUACAGAGCAACAAAGUUGCUAGGGCAUUAUCACAACAUGCCGACAUAAAAGCAGGGGACAGUGUCGCUCUAUUUCUAGGGAACGAGCCUAUGUACGUGUGGAUCUGGCUGGCCCUGACUAAACUUGGAUGUACCGCUGCUCUUUUGAAUUGCAACAUUAGGUCAAAAUCCUUGCUGCAUUGUUUCUCUUGCUCUGACGCCAAAGUGCUAAUUGUUGCAUCGGAGUUGCAGGGUGCUGUGGAGGAGGUUCUUCCUGUCCUGCAGGAACAGGGUGUGCGUGUGUUUAUCCUCAGUGAGGCCUGUGACACUCCGGGCAUGGAGUGUCUGUUAGGCAGGAUCCGUGAGGCCUCAGACCAGCCUCUGUCACCUCAGUUGAGGGCAAACAUAACCAUCAAGAGCCCUGCAGUGUACAUCUACACCUCAGGAACCACAGGUCUGCCCAAGGCUGCUUUGAUAAACCAUGAGAGGGUGUGGAUGGCUUCGUUCAUGCAGAACCUCUCAGGCGUGCGCUCUGAUGACGUCCUUUACCUCUACCUGCCCCUCUAUCACAGCUCUGGCUUCCUCAUGGGGUUGACUGCAGCCAUAGAGAGAGGUAUAACAGUUGUUUUGAGGCGGAAAUUCUCUGCUUCCCAGUUCUGGGAUGACUGUAGGAAGUAUAAUGUGACUGUCAUACAGUACAUUGGUGAAAUCAUGCGCUACUUGUGCAACACACCAAAGAGAGACAACGACAGGAAGCACAAAGUCAGGCUGGCGAUAGGAAACGGCAUCCGAGCUGACACCUGGACAGAUUUUCUUCAGCGUUUUGGAGACAUUCGUGUUAUCGAGUGCUACGGGGCGACGGAGGGAAACGUGGGCUUCAUCAACUACAUCGGGAAAGUUGGCGCAUUGGGCAAAGAGAAUUUCCUUCACAAAGCUGCCUGCAAAUAUGCUCUUAUAAAGUACGACACAGAGAGAGAGGAGCCAGUCAGAGAUUCCAGCGGAUUCUGUGUGAGAGUUCCAAAAGGAGAAACGGGUCUGUUGUUGGGAAAGAUCGGAAAGCGCGCUCCAUUUAGCGGCUAUGCUAAGAACACCCAGCAGACUGAGAAAAAGAAGCUGAAGGAUGUGUUUGUGAAAGGAGACAUUUACUUCAACAGUGGAGACCUCCUGAAGAUAGACCACGAGGGCUUUGUCUUCUUCCAAGACCGCAUCGGAGACACAUUCAGGUGGAAGGGAGAGAACGUGGCCACCACUGAGGUGGCUGAUCAUCUGCUUAUGGUGGACUGUAUUGAGGAGGCCAACGUCUAUGGUGUCAAGGUGCCAGGACAUGAGGGAAGGAUUGGAAUGGCAGCGUUGAUACUGAAAGAGGACAUGGAGUUUGACAGCGGAGCUACGUACAAGCAUGUGAAAGCCUACCUCCCUAGUUACGCAAGGCCGCGUUUUAUUCGUUUACAGAACGCUUUUGAAGUGACCGGGACAUUCAAGCAGAUGAAGGUGAAGUUAGCAGAGGACGGCUUCAACCCAGACGCCACCCAGGACCGUCUGUUCUACCUGGAGGAGAGCCAGGGAUACGUUCCCAUGACCCUGGACAUCUACAGGUCCAUCACCGAUGGAAAAAUACGCUUGUAAAACUCAGUGACAUAUUCUCACGCCUCUAGGAUAAUUUUUUAAGAGUUUGACAAUAAAAUCUUUUGAUGUGAAGAAUUUUAUGAUGAUGUGUAAUGAUCAAGACGCAUCAGCAGUGCUGUGUGGUUGUGAAUGAUGUCCUCCUCCAUGCCUUUCAACUGGACUGGUUGUUUAAUUUUAUUGAUGAUUUAAUAUACAUUUAACCAAAUAUCUCUUGACUAAUAUUUUUAUGAAUGCCAAUGUAAGUACUCUUACUGAGCAGUGUUCUGUGUAAAUUCAAAAUUAACAUAUUGUAACAUUGAUUAAAAACAUUUGUUUUUAAACAUUA